UGUCGAACCUUGUUAGUGUUGUUUCGGUGUGUGCAGUGAAUUCACACAAGCAGUUUGUUUGCCAAUCAUCACAAGUGUACUUCCUUUGGCUGUUUCUGCUCUGUUGUUAUUGCCCUUUACAUUCUUUUUUUCAUACGUUCAAUGUAUCCGCUACUAGUACAGAACAUUUCCAGUAAGUUCAGUCUAUUAAGUGAACUUGGACGAUCCGCAUUUACACUGCAACAGUCGUUAUUUCAUACAACGAAAAUGGUUCAGAUUAAGGAAGGCGAUAAAAUCCCAUCGAUUGAUCUGUUUGAGGACUCUCCAGCGAAUAAAGUCAACAUAGCCGAUCUUUGCUCGGGAAAGAAAGUUAUAUUGUUUGCAGUCCCUGGUGCGUUCACGCCAGGUUGCUCGAAGACUCACCUGCCCGGCUAUAUUGAUAAAGCCGGCGAUUUGAAGUCGUCUGGCGUUGCGGAAAUUGUUUGCGUCUCGGUAAACGAUCCAUUUGUUAUGUCGGCUUGGGGCAAACAACAUAACGCUGCCGGCAAGGUUCGUAUGCUGGCUGAUCCGGCAGCAGUGUUCACGAAGAAGCUUGAGCUAGGUGCCGAUUUGCCACCUCUUGGAGGAUUGCGUUCCAAGCGCUUUUCGAUGGUGCUGGAAGACGGCGUUAUUAAAACAUUGAACGUGGAACCGGAUGGCACAGGAUUGUCCUGCUCUCUUGCCGAUAAGAUCAAGGUUUAAAAAAUCGAUUAUUUGCGAUUAUUAGAGCUUGAGCAUGAAUCGAGCAUUGCAAAACAUUUAAAUUGUAGCAGGUUGAUAGCACGAAUCAGCGAAAAUAAUGUCUGGUCCAAUCCGUCGCACUACCAAAAACAACAUCUACUAGCUUCCCUCAAAUUCAAUUCAACUGAACGUAUCUAUCUGAAAACAAAAUUUUUAAAGUAAACAUUGUUAAUAAUCAAUUCGAACCUUAAGUACUAGCUGUAAUCGAGUUGAACUCAAAAAUCUGAAGGCUUUUAGCAUCUCAUGCUUAUAUGACCACUUCACGAAAUGAAAUAUUGAUGUAAACAUUUCAGGUUUACACCCACAUGUCAAAUUGAUAAUUGUUACUUUUAUAGAUCCCAACCAUUAAACACGUUAGACAUAAAA